UCCAGGGUUUGCCAAGACAGGGGAGCACGCAAGUAUUCUGCUAUGUUGAUCAGCUUUUUUCUUAAUAAUUUAGCAGGCUUAUAGUCUGAAAAUACAUUCAUGGGAUUAAUUGGUUCAUUGUCCAACAUAACCAAAAGGGAUGAUGCCAACCUUCACUCCACACGUACCGGUUCCAUCGCCCUCCUAUUCCCAAGCCAGAGAGAACCUGGUGAAGGCGAUCCCCCCCAAGCUCCUUUGCCUGCUGGCAUGUGGAGGAAAAGAUUGUCGCUAUGAGGGACCGGAGUGCUGGAAAUUAAGUCAACAAGUUAUUCGAGGCCUUUUCUCCUCCUGGGUGACGGAUGAUAUAAUUGCCAUGGCACGACCAUCCAACCAUCUAAUUGAGAAGUACAACAUUAUAGAUCAGUUUCAAAGGUUAAACAUCAGAACCAUCAUCAACAUGCAGCUCCCAGGAGAGCAUGCUCACUGUGGACCUCCUCUAGACCCAGAAAGUGGUUUCACAUACUCUCCACAGACCUUCAUGGACAAUGACAUUUACUUUUACAACUUUGGGAUGCCAGAUUUUGCCGUGUCAUCUCUUGUUGGCAUAAUUGAUGGUGUGAAAGUUCUGGACUUUGCAGUGAAGGAAGGGAGGGUGGCUGUGCACUGCCAUGCGGGUCUUGGCAGGACAGGUGUCCUGAUAGCCUGCUACUUGAUCUACACCUUGCGCAUCAGCCCAAGUGAGGCUGUCCAUUAUGUGCGGAUUAAACGGCCUCGUUCUAUUCAAACCCGAGCGCAGAUAAGCCAGGUGUUUGACUUUGCUCGUCUGCUUGGCACACAGCUGGUUCAGUACCCAGACCUCAGCCUGCGGCAUGGAGCCCAUUUCACCCUGCAGCAGUACCUGAACCGACAAGCACUACUGCUGCAUGGCCAGGAGGCACGCAAUCUCAGACAAACACCCAAGGUGGUGUACCUCCUGUGUGUCCGUCUCUCCUGCUUAGCCCUGGGUCUCCCGUCUCCUCCAGAGGUUCAUUCUGAGCUUGAGAAGAGGGCAGCAAUCAGGGCCCUGGGCAGGACUGUGAAAGAGACCCUCGUGGCCAAGCAGUACCUGCCCUUGCUGGGGCAAGUCCACAAGGGCUCAUGGACAGGCUCAGGGUCAGUAUCCUCCUGGGAUGAGCCACUGGGAUUCUUCGAGAGGAAAAGAGAAGUGUUGCUGGACAAACGCAGCUACAGUGACUCUGACCUCAGCAAGCUCACAGACCAGGAGCUGAAUCCAUACAGCACUACACCACUUGGAAAUGAGAAGAACUGGUGUGUACAGGAUCGGAUAAGGGCUAAUCUGAGACCAGUUAGUCCGGUCUUUGCUACAUAUUCUUCAGGUCAUCACACUACAAACAAGGAAUCUCAUACACUUAGUUUCCCAAACAUGAGAACAAGCAGCAGCUGUGCUAACAAAUCAAAGUGUACAACUAAAAAGGCACUUCCCAAAUACAGCUCCAAUAUUGAGUUGUGCAGGCAACCGCAUAAUCCAGGCUCCGCCUCAAUGGCCCGUCCCGUUGCUAAGGCAAUGGCAGAGCAGGGUCCUCCAGGGGAAACCAUUCUGCAAAGGUCGGCUCUAAUGCAGGAGGAACUGAACAGCAGUGAUUGUGGCUGGGCUCUGCUAGUCACAGAAUCAGAUCCUCAUGUUCUCAGUUGUCUCUUAUGGACCUGGUUGGAGAGGUUAAGGGAGCCUGUUCUGAGUGCUGAGGAUGUAGAAAAGCUGAGUAUUGGAGGAAGCAGCAGAAAACCUCUCAAUGUGCUCAAGAAGCCACAGAGACACACCAUCUAUUGCCUCCUGAGCUGCAUGAGUACAGUAGCCAAUCUGUGUCCACACAGAGAGGAUGCAAUGCUCCAACGACUGAUGCAGGCACUUACAAGGCGCCCUCAAGAGGAGAUUGGGAGCCUCGCACCUUUGAUGAAAGUAUUGAAGGCCAGUAUGGGAGAAACCUUCCAUAACCACAGAUACCUCACAAGAGCCUGCAGCACCAAUGCUCCACUUUGAAGAGGAGAGGCCAUAUCAUAAUAAAAAGCUAAUGGAACAUUAUUUUUUUCUUAAAGGCCAGCGUUUCAUCCUGGUACUUGUGUGAGAAUUAUUUGGCAAAAUAAGAUUUCAAUUUCAAUUGGGGAAAAACUAAACAAACAAACAACUAAAAAUCAUUAGAGUGUGUUUCAGUUUUUGUGAAACUUCAGUCAAGAUUAUACAUCUGAAGUCUCAAUCCAUGGGUCAUUUUUAAUGUAUCAGAAGUACACAUAGACAUGGAAUCACAGCAGUUAUCUUUAUACUGAGCAUGUAUUUAUUUUCUAGAUAUAGAAAAUAAAGUUCCAAAGACAUCGACUGUGAACUUCCAUUUGUGAUAUUUUUGUUCAUACACAGCAAAAUCAGCAUACCCAA